AUGGCGGAAAGCAAUGGCAGCAGAAUUCCUUGCAUUACAAAAAUAGGGAACAUGAUGCCUAGUGCCACCUCCCAAAAAUGCACUUAUACUGGGAUGCAAAUGGACUUUCCGAACAAAGCUACGCGCCGACGGCUCCAUCGCCAGGUACAAUACAGACAUAUAACGGGUUCACUCCAAUACCUCAUCCUCACACGACCUGAUCUAGCGCAUGCAGUCAACAUGUUAUCUCAAUCAAUGCAUGAUCCAGCUCCUGAGCACUCGAUCCUUCUAACCAAGAUCCUUCGAUAUUUCAAAACCACGAGUAACUAUGGCAUACCCAUCUCCAAGUCGAAUUUGCGGAUGCGUGCGUUCUCAGAUGUCGACUGGGCAGGAGAUCCAAGUACGAGAAAAUCCACGUCAGGUUUUUGCACAUUCCUCGGCAACACACUCGUCUCCUGGUCUGUUAAGAAGCAAUCUACGAUCGCUCGAUCAUCCACUGAAUCUGAGUACAGAGCUCUGGCAGCAGCAACCGCAAAUACUAUCUGGCUCAAGCAUCUGCUAACCGACUUCAGCAUUCACCAUGAUCAACCCAUAGAGCUAUUCUAUGACAACAUAUCGGCGAGUACUAUCGUUAACAAUUGGGUUCUGGAAAAUGGAAGGAAGUCGUGGAUUAGCGGUCCAGAGUCUGAUUUGUGA